AAUGAAGGUCAUAACUGUCAACCUCAGGGCUCGGCAGUUCAUUUAAACACGAACGUCAAUCUAAACAAAAGUGCCUUCAUUUGUGAUAUGAAAAGUACCCAAAUAGUCUAAAUAUGGAGAGAAUAUUGAGAGGAAUUAUGAGAUAUCGUGUUUUAGAUCGCGCAAGUAUGGUAAAACAAUUUCAAGAAGUUAAAGAUAACCCUAUUCCAAAAGCCGUCUUCUACACCUGCAUGGACAGUCGAAUGAUUCCAACCAGAUUCACAGAAACUAGUGUCGGAGAUAUGUUUGUUGUACGAAAUGCUGGGAACGUUAUACCGCAUUCUCAAUACUUUGUAGAUGAAAUGACUAGCUGUGAACCAGCAGCUCUAGAACUCGGUUGUAUUAUUAACGAUAUUAGACACAUUAUUGUGUGUGGACAUAGUGACUGCAAAGCUAUGAACCUUUUGUACAAGUUAAAAUCCAAAGAAGAGUCUACUGUUGAACAAAGACGAAUAUCACCACUAAAAUCUUGGCUGUGUACACAUAGUACAUCAAGUUUGAAUAAAUUUUUAGACAUGAAAAAUGAUUUUACUAAACCUGUACUUUUUACUGCUGAAACUCCACAACGAAAAUUUGCAGCAUACAUUGACCCAGACAAUAAGUUUUGCAUAGAAGAUAAAUUAUCACAGGUUAACACUCUCCAGCAAUUGCAAAAUGUUGCAUCAUAUGGAAUGUUAAAAAAAAGAUUAGAAAAACAUGAUUUACAUAUCCAUGCUCUCUGGUUUGAUAUUUAUACGGGAGAUAUAUAUUACUUCAGUAGACGCGCUAAAAGAUUCAUAGUAAUAGAUGAAUCGACAUACGAAACUAUAUUGGCAGAAGUGAGAAGAUAUUAUUCAUAAUUCUUACUCUAAAAGAUAUAUUUCAAACGCCUAUGUUUAUACAUAUUUCGAUAUAUAGAUAUAAGUAACAAGCUUUACCGAAUUUAUAAAUAGUAAAUCAUGUUACUACCUAUAUCAAUUAAGUUUAAUGUUAUUUUUUUACUUUUAUAUAAGGUAACAAUAU